CUAACCAUACCCAGCCUAACUCGGACACCACUCAACAAGAAAACCCAGUAGAUACUGAAAUGACCAUCCCUAUUACUGAACUAGAAAGUAUACAAACCAACACCAAAAUGGAAACAGACAUAGCCUCAACCAUUUCUGCACACCAAGAUAGCUCUAACACACUUACAUACAGCCAAGUGACUAGACAAAACUUAAUCAGCAAUACAAUGCAAAUCGACGAGGACCCAACCCAAAAAUGGCUAGAACACAUACAUAAAGAGCUAACAAGAGAAAUUACACAGCCUUUUGAUAGCAAUACAUGGCACUAUGACAAACUGAUUAUCAGCCUUCAAUCUAGUGAGAGUCUACAAGAUUUCAUCAAAUACAAGAUAGCAACCAAACCUACUCAAAAGCAAAUCCCCCCAGGCAUCUCUGCCAAAUUUAAGCACUUAGACUGGGCAUUUUUCCUUACCUUUACUAGGGCUAAACGCUUUAUACCACAACAUCAAACAGAAUAUGAAGAGAUGUUCUACAGUGCACUACAAAAUUAUAAAAAAGCAAAUCAAAUCACAAUAACUAACAAAGACAUAAGAGAUAGCAUUUAUCAGAAACUUCAGCAAAAGUUAUUUCUUGACUUUAUAAUGAAUACCAAUUUCAACACCUGCCCUCCCAGAUAUAUCACACAACUAAUCAAAUACUACAAGGGAUACAUUAAAGAUACAACGCUAAAUAAAUAUGAAGAAAUUCAAAAGGCAGUCCAAGAGGCCUUCUCUGAAAAACUUCAACAACUACCAAGUCACCCAGAUGAUAUCUCAGAGAAUAUACAACAAAUAUUACCUUUUACUCUACCUAUAAAAAACAAAGCUCAUACUAAGGCAGUGGUUACUGCACUUCAUCGUAUAUACCAAUUUGACCAACUACCCGAGGAGUACUUUGCAAACCUAGACCCCCUUCUAACUAACUUGGCCAAUCUUCAUCCAGCACAUCAACAACAAUAG